UCAUUAAAAUUUGAAAUUAUAUAAACGCAAAUGUACAUUGUGAAACCAGUAUUCAAGUUGCAUCCAGCAAAAUGAAUUCUGUAACACGUGGGUUAAUUUUGCUCGUCUUAACUUUUGCAGCAAAUGCUGCCAAAUUACCAAGUUUCAUACAAAAAUGUGACAAAAAUGAUCCAAAUUUUGGUAAAUGUGCCAUAGAUUUAGCUCACGACAUUAUUCCUAAAUUGCAAAAUGGUUAUAAAGAGUUAAAUUUUCCUCCUUUUGUACCUUUUCACGUGCAAGAAAUUGCAAUUGAAGCAACCGAUUCGUUAAAAUUAAAGCUCUCCGAUGUGGACAUAUUUGGAUUGGAAAAAGCAAAGUUCAACUCGAUUGAUUGCAAUUUUAAUUCAAUGGAUUGCGUUUCAAAAAUAUAUUUUCCAGAGUUGGAAGUAAAAGGAAUAUAUGACAUUGAUGGUAGAGUAAUGAUUUUACCAAUUAAAGGUCAUGGCCCAACAAAUAUUAAAAUCGUUGGUGGUAACUUUCUAAUUUCAUUCAAAUGGUCUAUAAAACAAAAAGAAGGUGUUGAUUAUGCUUCUAUUGGCAAAUUCGAAUUGCACUACCAAACUGAAAGAAGCAUUUUUCAUUUUGAUAAUCUAUUCAAUGGUGAUAAAGUGUUAGGUGAUCAAAUGAACGAUUUCUUAAAUGAAAAUUGGCAGGAACUGUCGAGGGAAGUAGAGCCUGCAGUUUCAAAUACUAUAGCAGUCAUCUUGAAAUCUAUUUUCUCUAAAUUUGCAGAUCAAAUUCCUUAUAAUGAAUUGUUCCUCUAAUACAGCGGUCGCCAACCGGUGAUCCGUACAUAAUUUUAUAUAUUUGCAAACUUUGUUUUUCUUAUAUUGUAAUUCUAUUUUAUGUCUUGUUACGUUACAUUUUUAUAAAAGACCUAAUCUAAAAGCAAAUGAAAUUUCCAUUUCAACUUUAUAAAAAAAAUAUUUUUAUGGAAAAAAAAUAUGAUUUUGGUUUGCGGGAGUCAAUAUUUUCAGUUUAGUGGUCUGUGGUCAAAAAGGUUGCUCUAAUAUAUAUUAUACAUAAUAUAUAUUUUUUCAAACUAAAAAAAAAAUGUAUAAAAGUAAUAUUGAGAAGCACAUAUUUGUGGUAUAAUUUUUGUAUGUCUAUCAGACGAAUGCGCUCCGAAAAUAAACUAUAUUUACAACUUA